AUGGGUUUGCUGUGCGAUAAGCUGCGCCGCUUUUGCUGCUGUUGUUGUUGCUGCUUCCGGUGUUGCAAGGAGUCGCCACAAGCAGCGGCUGCACCAGCGGCAGCGCAGUUUAAGAUUCUGCUGCUGGGUGCCACAGGAAGUGGCAAGACACAAUUGGGACUGCAGCUGAGUGGGCAGCAACGCGACGCCGACGAUUUGGGGCCAACAAACGGAGUUCGUUGCUAUCGUAUCGAAGAUCUGGUCACACUGUUGCUCCUCACCGAAGUCGGUGGCAGCCAGGACAUGCAACGCAUCUGGCCUUAUUACUAUGCCAGCUGCAAUGCGCUCAUCUUUUGCUUCGAUCUCAGUGCCAGCAACGAGACGUUGCAACAACACUUUGAGGUGUUGCAACGUUGCUUGCAACACGAGGCAAUGCGUGGCAAGCCGGUGUUGCUCGUUGCCACACGGCAUCGCGAUGGCGUCCAGCUCUACGAUGUGGAGCAUGCCUUUGGACUCGAGCAUGUGGCACGCAGCACAGGUUGCCCCCUGCACAUCUGCCACAUGGACAACGAGGAUCUGCAACGUGGCAUGAACUGGCUGCAGCGACAGUUGCAACUCCUGGCGCCGACUUUGUUGCAACGCAUCAAAUACGACGUCAAUUUGCAGUCGUGGCAGCAGCGCAAACGCUCCUUGCUGCCCAAUGGCAAGCUGCAGCAAGUGCAUCGACAGCGAUUUCGCCGUCCGCAUAGAAAGCUGUGGCCAAUGCCCCAGGCCAAUGACGUCACAAGAGCCCGGCCCAACACUGCGCCAGCCGCCAUCUUUGUCCUGCGAUCGACGCAGCCGCCAGUGAAGCCCUAG